CCUGGCGUUAACGAUGGCAUCGUGUGACUGAAUACAGCUUCCUUGUGGGGACACAAAGCAGGUACCUUCUUUCAUAUUUGCAAUAAAAAUGGCUGAAACUGCUCCUGAUGCAUCUGAGAAACUGGUCGUCAUUCACUCCAGAGCUCACAAAGAUACCAUUCUAGCUAAUUUUGAAGAACAAAGGAAGAAAGAUUUUCUUUGUGACAUUACUCUGAUAGUGGAGAAUGUUCAGUUCAGAGCCCAUAAAGCUUUGCUCGCUGCCAGCAGUGAAUACUUUUCAAUGAUGUUUGUAGAUGAGGGUGAAAUAGGGCAGUCAAUUUACAUGUUGGAGGGAAUGGUUGCAGACACUUUUGGAGCACUGCUAGAAUUUAUCUACACUGGUUAUCUCCAUGCCAGUGAAAAAAGCACAGAACAAAUUCUAGCUACUGCACAGCUUCUAAAAGUGAAUGACUUGGUAUGGGCCUACUCCGACUAUCAGGCCAGCCAUAGCCCAAGUAAUGCACUACCUGCUCCAUCUAGCAGUGGAGCUUCAGUAGCUAUUAUUGCAAAUGAUGUGAAAAAUGGAGAUCCACCAAAGCGAAAGCGAGGGAGACCUAGGAAAGUCAAGAAUGCCCAAGAAGAAAAAUCAGGAGCAAAUUCUGCUGAAGAUGUGCAGCUGAGAGAGAAUAAUUCCAUGCAAAAUAAACAAAAUUUUUUGAAAAAAGAUAUUGCAGCAGAAGAAACAGUUGUCAGUGAACAGGUGCCUGUGAGGAAAGAUGCAGAAGAAAUUGAACGUGCGUGCAGCUCAGAAGAUGCUGUGGAUCUGUCAACUGAGAAAGAUGAGAAUUAUGAUCCCAAAUCGCAAGGAAUACAGAGCACUCAGAGCCGUUACAGCAAACGCAGAAUAAAGAGAUCAGUCAAGCUAAAAGAUUACAAACUUCUUGGUGAUGAGGAUGAAAAAGGACUGGCAAAGAGAACUGAUGGGAAAAAAAAGCGUACAGGUUCUGAAGCUCGCUGUAAAGACUGUGGCAAAGUAUUUAAAUAUAAUCACUUUUUAGCUAUUCAUCAAAGAAGUCAUACAGGGGAGCGCCCUUUUAAGUGCAGUGAAUGUGGCAAAGGCUUUUCCCAGAAGCACUCUCUUCAAGUCCAUGAACGGAUGCACACUGGAGAGCGGCCAUACACGUGCACAGUCUGCAGUAAAGCUCUAACAACAAAACAUUCUCUCCUGGAGCAUAUGAGCUUACAUACAGGGCAGAAGGCUUUUACAUGCGAUCAGUGUGGGAAAUACUUCAGCCAAAAGAGACAGCUCAAGAGUCAUUAUCGAGUACAUACAGUGGUUAUUUUACAGGAAAGUGCUAUAACAAAGAUCACUGAAGAGAUACAGGGGAUCAUUUAUGCACUGACACUUUUUUUAUUAUUGCGACAAGGCCAUUCAUUGCCGGAAUGUAACCAGUGUCGUCGCAAAUUCAUGGAUGCAGCUCAGUUAAAGAAACAUCUAAGAACACAUACAGGCGAGAAGCCAUUUACUUGUGAAAUUUGUGGCAAAUCAUUCACAGCUAAAAGUUCUCUUCAGACUCACAUUAGAAUUCACAGAGGAGAAAAGCCAUAUUCUUGUGGUAUAUGCGGAAAGUCCUUCUCUGAUUCCAGUGCUAAAAGAAGACACUGUAUCUUACAUACAGGCAAAAAGCCUUUCUCCUGCCCAGAAUGUAGUUUGCAGUUUGCCCGUCUGGACAAUCUGAAGUCUCAUUUGAAAAUUCACAGCAAGGAGAAGCAGUUUCAGGAGGCGAGCAACGUUCCAAGCAGCAACACUAAUUCAGAAGAGGUGAGAAACAUUCUUCAGCUGCAGCAGUAUCAACUUUCCACCUCUGGAGGGCAGGAGAUUCAGCUACUGGUUACAGAUGCAGUACAUAAUAUAAACUUCAUGCCUAGUCAUAAUCAAGGUAUUAGUAUCGUUACGACGGAAAAUGCUCCAAAUAUGACAACAGAGCAGGCUGCUAAUCUCACACUGCUUGCUCAGCCACCACAGCAGUUGCAGAACUUGUUGCUUUCAGCUCAGCAGGAUCACGCUGAACAAAUCCAAAGUAUCAAUAUGAUGGCAAAUCAAAUUGAGACUGCCCAGCCUGAACAAAUGCAUGUUAUCACUCUUUCCAAGGAAGCACUGGAACAUCUCCAUGCUCAUCAAGGACAAAAUGAAGAAAUCCACUUAGCAGGAUCUUCGCAACCAGCUCAGCACAUGCAGCUGACUCAGGAAUCAAGUCAACAAUCUCACUCUAGACAAGAUACAGUUUCUUCACAUCAAAUCAGUGAUGAACAGAACCAAAAUGUACACGUUUCUGACUCCCAUCAGCAAUUGCUGUCAGUAAAUGAGUCAUCUCAUGAGCAUCCUAUUCAAGACCAAGCUUUUUGAAAUGCUUAUUUGCCAUCAGGAGGGCUAGGCUAUAGCAUACUUCUCAUCCAGGCAGUGAUUACAUGUAUCACACUUCCUUUUGUACAGCAUCAUCUGUGUGAAGAUGCAUUUCUUGCUGUGUUUUUUUUUUUUUUUGAUGAAUGGCAUUCAGUUUUCUUAAUAUUAUUUAUUUUAGACUUUUAUUAUUCCUGAUAGGCAUUUCUCCACUAGUUAGUCCAUACCUCACAAGUGAUUAAUACCUUUUUUGUGCCUCAUAAAAUUUAUGUCUACUGAACAGAUAUUUGGCCCCCUACUGCAUUUCAGUGUGCAUCUCCAGGGAAGUGUGCCUUGCCACUUUAAGUAUUUAAGUGUUUAGGAUAUCUGCUGAUGAGGAAGCAUAACUUCUCUGAUGGAAUCAGCAUUACCUGAACUGCAGUCAGGCCUCAGAUAAUCAGUAUUUUUUGCAAAGAUGACACCAUUAUGUCUUAUAUUUAAUGAGCUUUCUCUCUCCAGGUUAAUGUGUAACUUCCAGUGUGACCAUUCCCUUAAGUGCAUUUUGAUUUACUGAAUACCAGAUUUGUUUAUGCUUUUGGUUGGAAUUGUUGCAGCCUUUGACUGGCUCUGGUUUGCCCCUUUUAUUUACUGUAUGCUGUAAGAAUUUCAUUUCUCAGAGAAAUGUUUAAACUAUUGCACUUAGUAUAGAGGUGAAGAGAUGCGGUGGUUAGACUGGACAACUUAAAAACCCAAAUUCUUUAAUUCUACCACUCACUGGGUGACUAUAGGCAAAUCACUUGACCUCUGUGCCUUAGGUUCCUCACCAAGGAAGUGGGGAUAAUGCUCAUGCAUUCUGCCGAGCACUUUGAAGAGCUUUUGAUGUGGAAGGCACUGUAUAUGGAAGUGCAAAAAACCUUUCCUGAUAAGGCUCAGUCUGAGCUUAGGAGCUAGCUCCCAAUUAAAGCGUUAUUUUUUUGUACUUUUGAGAGCAGAAUGCAAUGUUACUUUUAAUAUAUGUAAAAGUUCAUAACUUGUUGUGGAGAUUAAUUCUGACUAAUAAUGAAUGGAAUCGCUUCAAAGCAUAAUGAGCUAUAUAAAAUGGGGCAUAUCAUGUUGAAGUUGUACAGGUAUUUUGGUUGACUCUAUUAGAUGUGUAUAAAUUCAGUUUUCAGUAACUGACUGCUUAAAAAAAAAAAAAAAACAGCUGAUACCUUAAUACAAUGCUACAUUAGAGUAUAUACUCUGCAGCUUCAAGUUCAGCUACUGAUCACAUCUCACUUAGUGUACUAGUGUGUUAAAAUCCAGAUAAAAUGCCGUUGGUACUUAAAGCAAUGUACACAAUUCUCACUUAAGUUUAAAAAUACGUAUUUGUGACUUACAUUGAUAUUGGGGUAUAUUUCUGGUUUUAACGAAAGGAAAAUCUAAAAAUUAAGGAAUUAGCAGGUGAAUUUAAAAAACAAAAAAAAAAGUAUGUAGGCUUAUGACUGACCAGUGUGUGCCACUGGCACAAAGUUCAUAGAAUGAUUUAAGAAGAGACUUUCAGAGGUUGUCUAGUCUAUCACUGUUGUUGUGCAAUUGAAUUUUGCUCAGAGGAUGGCAUUACACGACCUCUCUUGACCACCUGGGCCAGUAUUUGACAAUUUUCAAGGUGAAAAAAAUGUUUCCUUGUAGCUAACUGGAAUUGUCUGUGUUCCAAUCUGUAUCCAGUGCCUCUCAUCCUAUCAUUACACCUGCAAGAAGUGUCUGGCUCUGUCUUCUCUACAGCCUCCCCUUAAAUGAAGGCAACAGUAAGAUCUUCCCAAAGCCUUCUCUGAAGACAGACCCAGCUCUCUCAGGUUUUCUUUGUACAUAAUCUGGUGCAGUAAUCUCGGUGGCCUUGUGCUCUGCUCACUCUAGUACAUCAGUGUUUGUCCCCAGUGUCUGGGGAACCCAAAUUCUGGAUGCCAAUCAACAUCAAAAUACAAACUGUUCAGCUGGUGCCUGAAGAUGUGCUGCUGGAAUUUGAGGGUGUCAGGUUUUUUUCAAAGUACUAGAUCAGUUUUCAUGUAAAUCAACGAUGAAGGGUAGACAGUGAGAAUAAAUUAAUACAAAAAAUUACCUCCCACAGCAAAACUGCAGUUUGGCUUUUCACUUUUUUUUCCUUCCCCCUUCUGGGAAUGGAGAAAUACUGUUUGUAUACUCUGUGCCACCAAAGAGAACCAGCAUGUUCUGCUGUUGUAUUUUGGAAGCCUGAAGCCUUGAUGCUGCAAGAACAAAUGAAAAACAGUGAAACUCAUUAUAACAUCCACAAAAAUCCUGCUGCUUAACUGUAUAAAUAUUUAAGAUUACAAUAAAUAUUCUGUUACAUCUUAACAAUUUUGAUUUCAUCAAAAAUACUGUAAUGUGGAACCGUAAAUACUGUCUUACCAUGAGUUUACAGGAGCUUACACUGAGUUCUUUCUCUGCCAUAAUCUUAAGGUGUGAAUCCUGGAAUGCUUAAAAGCUGGUUACAUCAAAAGUUAAAUUCUAAGUAAAUUAACUGUUAAAUACUUUUCUCUUUUUUGAACUUUAAUUUGUACAUUGUGAAGUUUUCCUUCCAGGAUAAAUAUAAUGCUACAGUUAGGUUUGAGCCACAAUCAUGUAGUGAUUGCUAGCUGCUUUCUCAUAGCCAAAAAAGAUGUUUUGUUUUUCAAAUUUUCUUAUGCUCUUAUUCUAUCAAAUUACCUAACAAGCAGUGAAGAGAGUAACUUCUGUGAAUAGCACAACAGUGACUAAUCUUGCACUCUGCAUUGCUUAAACUGUCAGCACGUAUUUUAGCUUGCACUUGAGAAAUGAGAAACAUGUUUCUCAUACCGCAAAUGUUGCUUUUUUGACACCAUUGCUUUCUUUGUAGUGAAUAAAUUUCUAUUAAAGAUGAAAAUAAAUCCC